AUGGAAUUGGAAGAAGGAGAUAGAUCCCAGUUAAAUACUUUAAGUCCCAUCUCUGUACGUUACCAUAGGGCACUGACCAUUUAUAGAUAUUAUUUGGACAAAAGUGUCCCGCUAAUCAAGGAGCGUUGGGGAGCAUUGAUUCUAUUGCUUUUCCUCUUCGAAUUGAGAGUUGUCUUAACACACAAAUGGUAUCUUUCAUGUUAUACUCAUGGAAUAUUUUUAUUGAAUCAAUUUCUAGCAUUUUUGACACCUAAGUUUGAUCUCUCUCUGCAACAAGAUGAGGAGAACAAGGAACUAGAGGCAGGGGAGAGGUCAGAAGAAUUUAGGCCUUUUAUAAGGAGACUUCCAGAAUUCAAAUUCUGGCAUUAUAGUGCCAGAGCUACUUUAGUAGCUUUGGUCUCUACACUUUUCAAUAUUACAGACGUUCCAGUCUUUUGGCCCAUUCUACUCGUCUACUUCAUUAUCAUCUUCGUUUUAACCAUGAAAAGACAAAUUCAACACAUGUUGAAAUACAGAUAUAUCCCAUUGGAUAUUGGCAAGAAGAAAUAUGGUUCAAAAUGA